AUGAUGUAUCUUAAAUCUAGCUGUUCUUAGUGCAUAUUUAUAAUUUAUCCCCUAUGUUUUGGUGCUUUUGCUGUACUCUUAUCGAUAUAAUACACAAUAAUUUCUUUGUUAACUUAAAGUUCCUGAGCAGACAAGGAAGUGUAUUUCUCAAAAAUAAUAUUAACAAAAUGAUCUAGACAUUUAGUGCACCUGGAAAAAAUACAUGUAAAUCCAUGACAAAAAGUUCUCUGUACAUCGUACCAAGGUGAAACUAACCUUUUAGUUUUCUAUGUUGUUUUGGUAGAUCUUGAAUUGGAGCAUGAGGGAGCAGCUCCAGUAUCCACCUCACAGCCAGUUAGGCGAAACAUUUCUUUAACAAAGAGCAAGUCAGCAAGCUCAUUGUCAUCUGGGAAAAGCAAAAAAAAGGAAGCAAAAAGUGCAGAAAAGUCUAGGACAGGAUCUCAAGGUAAAGAAGCCAAUUUUGUUUCAACGCUGUACAAUGUAUGUCCGGUUUUAAGCCUUGCUGUCAUGUUGUUUCCUUAGACAAGAAACGUUAGUCCACUUCGUCUCUUCACCCAGGUGUAUAAAUGGGUACCUGAGGAAUGCUUUGUGAAGGUUGUUGAGAGACACACACUCUUGAGCAUCUCUGUCAAUAAGAGCCGGAGACAGUGGAUUACCUUUGGCUACUAUGCGCAUGACCCCUGGAUACUUUCAUAAGAAAAUGGAAUAUAGAAUAUAGAACCAAUACAGUGCUUGAAAAAUCUUGAAGUCCAGCUUGUCCUUGGGGCAAGCAGCUCUCAUAUUUUGCUUGCUUAGGACCACCUCUUGCUUGUCUUAGUUAAUGAUUUUAUUAGAGGAUCAGUUGUCUUGACCCUCAUUGGGCAAGUGAGCCUUAAAAGUUACUUGUCCAGCAACAAAAUCCACCUGACCAGGACUACUGGAUGGGACUUGUUUUGAGUCCUGCAAUAGAAAUUUAUUGCUGUUUAUUUCCCCGCCUACUUAUUGUACAUGUAAACUUGAAAUCUGAGCAACAGUCCUGCUUGAGGAAAUGAGCAACAUUGAUAAGUUUUUCAUUUUACUGUGAAUGUUUUUCUAUUGAAAAGAGACAAUCAGUAUUACAGUGGAACCUUGAUAUGAUAAAACUCUGCUCUGUAUAACGAAGACCGGUAUAACAAAUGAUUUUCUUUACCCCAGUCAUAGAAAGAUGUGAAAAAGAACCUCGAUAUAACAAAACCUCGUCCAUAAAGCGAACACAUUUUGCCAGUUGCUUGGCCCUUCGUUAAAUCGAGGUUUCACUGUACAGACUUUUCUAGAUCCUUCUGGAAAAACCUAACUGGAAAAACGAGUUUUUCAAGAAUUUUCACCCUUCAGUUUUCACCCUUUUGUCACUAACUGAUCUGUCACAGAGUUCUCUUGUAUUUUGGCUCAUAAAUAAAUUUCAAGUUGUUUUUGAAAACUUCCAAAGCUCUUGUAAAUUUAUUAAGUUGAAUGCCAACAAGGGUGUCCUGUGAUGAGCUAGUAUCCCAUCCAGAGAGGUUAGCCAUACUCCUAUGGUGUAAAUACUUCAUGCUACAGAAAUUAGGUUAAGCUCUGGAUGUUUGGGCCUCAAGGUGUAGGUCUGCCUCUACCUGCUUUUGCAUAGAGUUACACUGCUCUAUUGUAUGUCAAUUCUUGCCUUCCGUUGUACAGUAAUAAUUAUUUAUUGUGUACUGUAGUUGUCAAAAUUCUAUCCUCAUGGUAAAGAUUCUUAUAUUUUUGAAAAGAAUUUGUCAUUCAUGUGUACCAGCUGCCAUACAACCAUGAUUUUUUGUAAUGAAAUAGAAAAAGAGUUGUGUGUUUGUUUACACAAAUCCUAAUUGUCAAAAUUGUUUGAUUAUUUAAUUCUGCCUGGAUUUGUGUAAACGUUUUUCGGGUAGAGGCCAUAGAGUAUAGCUAGGUUAUAUUGACAGGUUGUGCAGUUUUUAGAUGAUAAGAUUCAAGUAAAACCGCGUAAACUGCACAUGCAACAUUUUGCUAGAUUGUUAAGUUCAAGUUCAAGUUCAAGUUCAAGUUCAUUCAUUCACUCUUAUUCAAUUAGAAUACAACGACAAUAAGAAAAAAAAAGUAAAAACAGAGCUAACUAUACAUUGAAUUAAACCUAACAAAGGAAAAAGUGUGUAGCAGCCAAAGGAGCCAAGCUUUCGAGUUGGUUACUACCACAGAGCGGUUACAUUUUGUUCAGUGUCAUAUUGUUGUAAAAGUUCUCUUAGUUGCAAGAAGCUCUGGAUAGUUAUUUUAUUCUCAUGUGUUUGUCAUAUCUAUAAGGUGACAAGGAAAGUAAAAGGAAACAGAAAUCCCCCGGAACAGCUGCAGCAGCUCAAGUGGUUGUCAUGAGAGAACUCAAGUGGGAUCAUCAAGUAUGUACUAUUAAUUUUAUGAUUUAUGCUCAUUUAGCCCCAGUCACUUAGCCCCUAUUUGAAGGUCGUUUACUGUAAACGACCUAAUAAACGUCUACUUCCAAAUAAACACCCCCUCAACGCUGUCAAAAUUAUAUUAGAUGCCCUCUGUAAUAAACGCCCCUGUCUAAUAGUUAGACGGCUCCCCAUAAGAAUUACUCCAAAACACCAGGAAUUAGCAAAAGGAGCAAAAUCAUUCAAUUCAGUCAGUUUCUUGCUUGAUUAACAAGGGUAAAUGCACAUCUUGUUCAAUGUCAAAAAGUUAAAAUUGCGGAUAGACUAACGAUGGCAACGCAAUAACAAUGAAUGACGAUUCCAACAUCGAUGUUGGGAUUUGAAAAAGAGUGAUAAUAUGGAUUUCCAGACAGCUUAGACAUAUCAAAUGAUGGAGUGGGUAUUCCGUUAUUUUUAAACUCUCUUGAUAUUUUUUGGCAAAAGCAUGUUAGUUCUGAUAAGCUUGUUACAGUUAUGAGAAUAAAUGCCUCUGUUGUUUAAAUGCCUCAAACAUUUAUCUUUUAAACACCCCCACUUAGACCCCUAGAAUUAACUAGAUGCCUUGGGCAUUCAGUGUUCCAGCCAGAAUGCGUCAUUGCGUGAACCCCGCAAAAGAUCGAGAGAUGGCCCCCACCAAAAGCGGUCAAGGGCCAUUAUGACCCUUUCCUUUUUUGAUUGCCUGGGUUUAAAAUGGUCUCUGUUACUCCAACUACAAUAAUUUUCCAAUUAAACAGAAUUUUUAAUCUAAAGAACAGCGACUCUGUACCUUUGUACACAACAUGAAAAUCAAUUGAUGAAUCUUCUUGAGUUUUCCUGAUUUACCGUUAGUAGUCUGGAGACCACUUAGCCUCGACUUGCCCUUUGUAGUAUCACAGAAGCUCAUGAGUAUCCAUCAUGGUGUCUCAAAAGAGGAUAAACCUUACAAAUGCAUCUUCGAGGUCUAUCAAAAGUUUUUUCUCAGUAAGUAACUAAAAAGUGGAUGGAGGCGAAGCAGUUCAGAAGAAGCGAAUGGGAGCAGAUCUUGACGGUGAAGUGGAAAAUGAGAUGAAAAAAAUUACUUACUAUUUUUAUUGCAUACAUUUUGAUUGUACUGUUUGCUUUAUUGCUGAAGAUUUCCUCUAUUGUGUAUAAAAAGGGACGCUCCGUGUCAGCUUCAAAUAAACUGUUUCUUCUCUUUUGCAUAUUAGAAAGAUACUGGUACAUUGGCCCUUAAUUUCUUGAAAUAUCUGGCCCCCAAAAAUGGGUUGUAGGGGCCACUUUGACCCUCAAGCAGAAUUUCUGGCUGGAACACUGGGCAUUUAUUAGGUCAUAUAUCGUAGGCCCCAAAAUUAAGUCAUUAAUUUUUUAUUAUUUUAGCCCCAUACAUGUAGACGAGAUAACUAGUCUUACUAAGCCUCUUACGUUUCUGUUAUCAUAUCAGCUUUGGUACUCAAACAAGACAUUUACCGUUAGGUUUCAAAAUAGUUUAGCUUAUUCUCCUGUCUUCCUCACAGAUUUUGCCAAGUGUGAUUGACUUUAGUUGCUCAAGUAAUCUUGACAUUACAUGUAACUACUUGCUUAAUCACAAGGCACUUUGGAGUUCUGAAAAAGUCGUUCCAAAGGGUUUGUGAGUUCUAGAACCUAUAAUAACUGGAAUUUGGAAAUUGAGGUUGUUAGCAGGACUUGAAUUAGGGCCACAUGGCCAAAAAAAAACUCUCAAAAAUUCAAAUGAUGAAAAAGAGACAAAAUUCAAAGUUUUGAUAAACGUACUGACGAGCCAUGCAGCUACACGAAAGUUGCUGAAAGUUGCUGUAUUCCUGGGUCCAGAGUUGUGUUAUUAAGAUUCAGCUUAUAAGUAGGGUUGGGCUAAGUACAUUCAAUGCUAUGUCACUAGAAAAAAAGGUUGCCUUUGGUUGUAAAUCUAAAUUUACUUAAUCUUGUUUAAUAAAGACCAGGCACUUUGGAGUUCUUAAAAACUCGUUCGAUUGGGUUUGUGAGUUCCAGAACCAAUUACAUUCAAUGCUAUGCCACUACAUGUAGAAGUGUAAAUGACUUUUUUUGUUCAUGUAACUUUGACUUUAACUUGCUUAAUCAGAAGGCACUUUGGAGUUCUAAACUCACUCCAAAGGGGUUGCGAGUCCUAGAAAUGAUUAUUACAUUCAAUGCUAUGCCAUUAGAAGUGUGGUUGACUUUGGUUGUUCAUGUUAUUUUGACUUUAACUUGCUUAAUCACAAGGCACUUCCGAGUUCUUAAAAACUCGUUCUAAAGGGUUUUUGAGUUCUAGAACCAAUAAUAACUAGAAUUUGGAAGUGUGAGGUUGUUAGCAGGACCUGAAUUCAAAUAAUGAAACAGAGACAAAAUUCAAAGUUUUGAUUAACGUACUGACAAGCCAUACGGCUAAGUAGUUGUUGCCUUUCCUGGGUCCAGAGUUAUGUUGCCAAGAUCCAGCAUAAAAAAUUAUAAGUAGUAUCCCACCUCCCCGUUUUUGUCUCGUCACACAACGCUCCUCCCCUUUCCCCUCCCUUUCAUGGGGAGUAGUGUUGUGUGACGUGACAAAAACGGUUGCCUGAGAGACUAGUUUACAAUAUAUAACGGGAAAAACAUCCAAAGUGGCAAUAUUUCGAAAAAUUGCCCUUCAUCAGGGUCUCUGAAGUCAUGUAAAUUUUACUUUAGGUGUGGGGAAAGUGUUCAGAGGAUUGAGUGAGCAGCGCUGGGCAGUGUGUAUGUAUACCCCCUUGUAUAGCAAUUCCAAAUAAUCAAAAAUGAUGAUUUUUUCCUGUCUUGUUGUCUAAUGUAUUUUAGGUCUCAUAAUGUUUGGAGGGGAGUUUUUGACAAGUUUUGUCCCAGAAGCUGGGGUUCAGGAACGUAUGAAAGAACAUGGGAAAGAUCCACUAUGGAAAAUCAAGUAUGAACAACAUUUU